CGUUUCCUCUCCUCACAAAUCCAAUCCAGUCCCUUCUCCGAUCUUGCAGAAGAAGAAUCUCCCACCCGAUCAAAGCGAAGCCUCUCUCGUCCCACUUUCAAGAUGCAGAUCUUUGUGAAGACCCUCACUGGCAAGACCAUCACCCUCGAGGUGGAGUCCUCUGACACCAUCGACAACGUCAAGGCAAAAAUCCAGGACAAGGAGGGCAUCCCUCCGGACCAGCAGCGCCUCAUCUUUGCUGGGAAGCAGCUUGAGGACGGCCGUACCCUCGCUGACUACAACAUCCAGAAGGAGUCCACCCUCCACCUGGUGCUCCGCCUGCGCGGUGGUAUGCAGAUCUUCGUCAAGACCCUCACCGGCAAGACCAUCACGCUCGAGGUUGAGUCCUCAGACACCAUCGACAAUGUCAAGGCAAAGAUCCAGGACAAGGAGGGUAUCCCUCCGGACCAGCAGCGCCUCAUCUUUGCUGGCAAGCAGCUGGAGGAUGGCCGCACCCUCGCUGACUACAACAUCCAGAAGGAGUCCACCCUCCACCUGGUGCUCCGCCUGCGUGGUGGCAUGCAGAUCUUCGUCAAGACCCUCACCGGCAAGACCAUCACGCUCGAGGUGGAGUCCUCCGACACCAUUGACAACGUGAAGGCGAAGAUCCAGGACAAGGAGGGCAUCCCACCGGACCAGCAGCGCCUCAUCUUUGCUGGCAAGCAGCUCGAGGAUGGCCGUACCCUCGCUGACUACAACAUCCAGAAGGAGUCCACCCUCCACCUGGUGCUCAGGCUCCGUGGUGGUAUGCAGAUCUUUGUGAAGACCCUCACUGGCAAGACCAUCACCCUGGAGGUGGAGUCCUCUGACACCAUCGACAAUGUCAAGGCGAAGAUCCAGGACAAGGAGGGUAUCCCUCCGGACCAGCAGCGUCUCAUCUUCGCUGGCAAGCAGCUCGAGGACGGCCGUACCCUCGCUGACUACAACAUCCAGAAGGAGUCCACCCUCCACCUGGUGCUGCGCCUGCGCGGUGGUAUGCAGAUCUUCGUCAAGACCCUCACCGGCAAGACCAUCACGCUUGAGGUGGAGUCCUCAGAUACCAUUGACAACGUCAAGGCGAAGAUCCAGGACAAGGAGGGUAUCCCCCCGGACCAGCAGCGCCUCAUCUUCGCUGGCAAGCAGCUGGAGGAUGGCCGUACCCUCGCUGACUACAACAUCCAGAAGGAGUCUACACUCCACCUGGUGCUCAGACUACGUGGUGGCAUGCAGAUCUUUGUCAAGACCCUCACCGGCAAGACCAUCACCCUGGAGGUGGAGUCCUCGGACACCAUCGACAACGUCAAGGCGAAGAUCCAGGACAAGGAGGGCAUCCCUCCGGACCAGCAGCGCCUCAUCUUCGCUGGCAAGCAGCUCGAGGACGGCCGCACACUCGCUGACUACAACAUCCAGAAGGAGUCCACCCUCCACCUGGUUCUCCGCCUGCGCGGUGGCAUGCAGAUCUUCGUCAAGACCCUCACCGGCAAGACCAUCACCCUUGAGGUCGAGUCGUCUGACACCAUUGACAACGUCAAGGCCAAGAUCCAGGACAAGGAGGGUAUCCCUCCGGACCAGCAGCGACUCAUCUUCGCUGGCAAGCAGCUUGAGGACGGCCGUACCCUCGCCGACUACAACAUCCAGAAGGAGUCCACCCUCCACCUGGUGCUCCGCCUCCGUGGUGGUAUGCAGAUCUUUGUCAAGACCCUCACUGGCAAGACCAUCACCCUGGAGGUGGAGUCGUCAGACACCAUCGACAACGUGAAGGCGAAGAUCCAGGACAAGGAGGGCAUCCCACCGGACCAGCAGCGCCUCAUCUUCGCUGGCAAGCAGCUGGAGGAUGGCCGCACCCUGGCAGACUACAACAUCCAGAAGGAGUCCACCCUCCACCUGGUGCUCCGCCUCCGUGGUGGUAUGCAGAUCUUUGUCAAGACCCUCACUGGCAAGACCAUCACCCUCGAGGUGGAGUCGUCAGACACCAUCGACAACGUGAAGGCGAAGAUCCAGGACAAGGAGGGCAUCCCCCCAGACCAGCAGCGUCUGAUCUUUGCUGGUAAGCAGCUGGAGGAUGGCCGCACCCUGGCGGACUACAACAUCCAGAAGGAGUCCACCCUUCACUUGGUGCUCCGCCUCCGUGGUGGCCAGUAAGGAGCUGAUUCAAUCUCUGAGGGUUCUCAACUGUGGGGUCUUCGGUGUCCUCCACUGGGGAUGUCAGUUGUUCUGGUCGAGUGGUCGAUUAUCUUCUUUUCCUGCCGUUUUGUUGUCUAGUGUGAUAUCAUAUUUGUCUACAAACAUCUGCCGUGGUGCAGUAGCUAUGAAUUGAACCGUGAUGAAUGAAUAAGUGAACCCUGAACUUAGUUUCAAA